GGAUCUCUGUAUUAGAAUAGGACCUCUAUAUUAGGAUAGGAUCUCUGUAUUAAGAUAGGAUCUCUGUAUUGGGAGAGAGGACCUCUAUACAAGGGGGCUAGAGCUGGGACAGGACCUGGGUAUUAGGAUAGGACAUCUGUAUUAGGAUAGGACCAGUGUUGGAUAAGACCUCUAUAUUUGGAAUUAGGGGUCCACUUGUUCUGAGGGAGGCUGUCUAAUAGCAGGUCAGUCUUGUUUUGAACCUUUAUAAGUAAGAUAGAACCCUUACAGCAGAGAAACAGAUAUUGGUCAUUUAUUGUAUAGAAAAGGACCCACACUGAGUGGGGUAGGACCUGUGUUAAGUAAUAUAGUACCUGCAUUGAGUGGGUAGGACCUGUAUUGAGUAAUAUAGGACCUGCAUUGAGUGGGGGUAGGACCUGUGUUAAGUAAUAUAGGACCUGCAUUGAGUGGGGUAGGACCUGUAUUGAGUAAUAUAGGACCUGCAUUGAGUGGUCAGUCUGGUGUGCUGAGGUCCAUCUGGCAUAGGAGCUUCAUUUGAUAGGAAUUGUAUGAAAGUAAGGAUAGGAUUGGUGUAGUCUACAGUUUGGUGUCAGGCUCGUACAGUUGAAUAGGGUAUAUGUUGAUAGAUCAGUCUGGUAGAAUCCAGAAAAAAGGCUAGGACUUGAGGGGUUAUUCUGUUACAGGGUCUGUACAAUUAGUACGGCUGUAUUUGGAGUCUGUGUAGGAGGGUAUGACCUGUAUUGGAUUGUCAGGCUGGAAUUAGAGGGGUAAAUGCUGUUGGGGGCUUUUAGAAGGUCAGGCUGGUGAAGUACAUAUUUUGAAAGAGUAGUAGGUGUAGGACCUGUGUACUAGUGACAAGUCGGUUUAGGAGAGAUUGUAAUUAGCAGAGACCAGCACAGGGCAUGUUAAUCCUGGCAUAGUACGUAUAGAACAAGGUGGCACAGGACAUGUAUAGGUAAGUCAUGCUGUAAUAAGAGCUGCCCAUCCUGUAGAGGGGAACAAACUGAGAAAGGUGUAGAAUCCUUUGAAGACUCUUUGUUUCUGAAAGAGGUUUUUUUCUGAAAAACAUAUUCACAGUAAGAGCAUUUGCUCAGUUAUUUGUUGGAUGACGGGGGCGUAGAAGAGGAAUUUUGGAGCUGUGUUUAUAACUUUUUGAAGACUGGCAUUUACGAGCUUCUCUUGGACUCGUGUGGGUGUUUAUAAGAUGUUUGGUGUUAGGACCUGCAUGGUGGGUAGGUAGCAAUAUUGCGAUAGAAAGGAAAAAGAAAAUUCACAUUUAAAAUAAGGUGCUGGUUGGGAUCUGAAUUUUGGAAGAAGUGAAAACACCAAUUCAGGAGCUAUUGGUGGAACAGGCGAGCAGUAGAGUUUAUCAAUGGCUUUAUACUGUGUUCUGUGAAGGAACUGGCGUUGGAGCUCACACACGAAGAUCUAGCUGGCAUACAGUUGCAUAUAUAAGCAGGAAUGGUCAGGGUAUAAAGUGAUAACCAGGAUACAAGCAAGCUAGAGGUAGUUUACUGUGACUGCUGGGAGCUAAUGACUUAAUUUAAUCAGAUACAUAAUUUCACAACCCUUAUACGAGCCCAACCUAUGGCUGAGAACUUUUCCUGGGUCCGAUUCAUGUAUACUACACUCUGGAAUGGGUCCUGAUUAAGGUUUAUUUUCCAAUUCUAAGCAGACUCAUCAUUUAUACAUAGAUGCUUUUUAAUUAGUUCUUUUUUUCUUCUGCUGGUAGAAAGUACUUCCAGAGCCUUCUAUCAUGGCUGGGCCCAGUCAUAGCUAGACAUUUAUUCCUUUUAUUUUCUCACUCUGGUGCUUCAUAUCUCUGGUCCUCUGAAUUGCCUGUCCUUCUCGGGGAAUGAACAUUUUGGACUCUAUUUUCCCCUGACCUCCUUGAGGUGACCAACAAUGAAGAAAUUUAAUAUCCGCAAAGUCUUGGACGGUUUAGCCGCCUCGUCCCCCGUUGGUGGAGGUGGUGGACUGGGGGGAAGCGGAGGAGCAGGUGUUGGCUGUUCGUUGUAUCCGUCUGGGCCCACGGGGGCUGCUGUGUCCCCAAGAGAAACAGAGGUCCAGGAGAAUCUCACCUCCGAGCACUUUCACAUCUGCAAGACUGUCCGACAUGGUUUUCCCUUUAAGCCGACUGCGUUAGCAUUCGAUCCUGUUCAGAAAAUCCUGGCCAUUGGCACAAAGACAGGAGCUGUGCGCAUAUUAGGCCGUCCUGGCGUUGAUUGUUAUUGCCAACAUGACAGUGGGUCGGCCGUACUUCAUCUUCAAUUCCUAAUCAACGAGGGUGUCCUGGUUACAGCAUGUUCAGAUGGGACUCUUAACUUAUGGAAUUUAAGACAAAAGCGACCAGCUGUUCUUCAUACCCUUAAAUUUAAUAAAGAACGAAUUACAUGCUGUCAUCUGCCCUUCCAGAGUAAAUGGCUGUACGUGGGGACAGAAAGAGGGAACACACACAUUGUAAAUAUCGAAUCCUUUGUUCUCUCUGGCUAUGUGGUUAUGUGGAAUAAGGCAAUAGAAUUAUCUACAAAAACCCACCCAGGACCUGUGGUACACCUUAGCGAUAUGCCCAGAGAUGAAGGAAAGCUAUUGAUAGGUUAUGAAUCCGGAACAGUUGUUCUUUGGGAUCUAAGGUGUAAACGGGCCGAAUUGAGAUUUUAUUACGAUGAGGCGAUUCAUUCUGUUGGAUGGCAUCACGAAGGAAGACAAUUCAUGUGCAGUCACUCAGAUGGAAGUCUAACUGUGUGGAAUCUAAAGAACCCCAGCCGGCCUUUCCAGGUCACUAUUCCCCAUGGGAAAAUUCAAAGAGAUGGGAAGAAGCCGGAGUCCUGUAAACCAAUUCUAAAAGUUGAAUACAGGACGUGUAAAAACAGUGAGCCGUUCGUCAUUUUCUCAGGUGGGCUUUCUUAUGACAAAGCUUGCAGAAGGCCAAGUCUCACCAUCAUGCAUGGGAAAGCAAUCACAGUGCUGGAGAUGGAUCACCCAAUCGUGGACUUCAUAACACUCUGUGAAACCCCCUAUCCAAAUGAAUUCCAGGAGCCAUACGCUGUUGCCGUGCUUCUAGAGAAAGACCUCAUAGUGGUGGAUCUUACACAAAGCAAUUUCCCGAUCUUUGAGAACCCGUAUGCCAUGGACAUCCAUGAGUCGCCCGUGACCUGUACGGAGUAUUUUGCAGACUGCCCUCCGGAGCUGAUUCCGGUGCUAUACUCUGUGGGUGCCAAGCACAAAAAACAGGGUUACAGUAGUAAGGAAUGGCCAAUAACUGGAGGGGUAUGGAACAUUGGAACACAGACAUAUCCGGAAAUUAUUGUCACGGGACAUGCGGAUGGCUCUGUCAAGUUUUGGGAUGCCUCAGCCAUCACCCUCCAGAUGUUGUACAAAUUAAAAACAUCAAAAAUGUUUGAGAAAGCAAAGCCAGGAGACGGCAAACAGACGGCGGAGAUUGUGGAAGAAGAUCCUUUCGCCAUCCAGAUGAUGUCGUGGUGUCCAGAAAGUAGAGUGUUCUGCGUAGCGGGUGUUUCGGCUUAUGUCAUAGUCUAUCGAUUUAGCAAGCACGAAGCUGUGACCGAAAUAGCGUCUUUAGAAAUUCGCCUGCAGUAUGAGGUUGAAGAUAUCAUCACCCCGGACCCAGACUCGAUCCCACCAUUUCCUGAUUCUUUUUCGCAGCCUCUCACCUCGAAGAGCAGGAACCUUUCUGGCAGUGCCAACAUCGUGACAUGUGAGGGGCCCCUGAAAGACAGCAUACCAUGUUUAAAUGUGAAGAGUCGCCCAGUCAGGAUGCCUCCGGGGUAUCAAGCUGAGCUAGUUAUUCAGCUGGUGUGGGUGGAUGGUGAACCUCCGCAGCAGAUAACCAGUCUGACUGUAAGCUCUGCGUACGGCCUAGUGGCCUUUGGGAAUUGUAAUGGCCUGGCUGUAGUGGAUUACAUUCAGAAGACAGUUUUGCUGAGCAUGGGAACCAUUGACUUAUAUGGUUCGAGUGACCCCUAUCAGCGCCAGCCGCGAUCUCCUCGAAAGUGUAAGCAGUUUGCAGCAGACAACUUUUGCAUGCGUGGCCUGUCUAAUUUUUACCCAGAUUUAACGAAAAGGAUCCGUACUUCCUAUCAGAGUCUAACAGAGCUCUCCGACACUCCUGUAUCUCUUGAAUUGGAACGCUGCAAGUCUCCCACCUCAGUUAAAGGAUCAAGAAAGUUAAGUCUGCCAACAGAUCUUAAGACUGAUCUUGAUCACAUUAAUGGUCAUUGUACGAGCCCCACAUCACAGACUUGCAGUUCAGGGAAACGCAUUUCCAGUGCUGAUGGGACUAAAGCCAACAGACGUGGUCCCGGGAGACCACCAUUCCGUAAAGCGCAGUCCGCAGCGUGCAUGGAGAUUUCACUCCCGGUCACAUCUGAAGCAUUAGGUCACAUUUCCAGACGGGCAAUGCUUCAGCAAUUACAUGGAAUCAGUACUUUCUCAAAUGACGAGUACCACUAUUCACCUAAUACGUGGUCCGACAAAGAGAGCCGGGACAACUCCUUCAGCCGAUCCCGCAGCUCCAGCGUGUCCAGCAUUGACAAGGAAACAAAGGAAGCUAUCACGGCACUGUGUUUCAUGGAGACAUUCGCAAGAAAGAACGACCAGACGCCAUCCCCAUGUCUAUGGGUCGGAACAAGUCUUGGGAUGGUCCUGAUCGUAACACUUAGCAUGCCUUCUACGGAGGAGCAGAGGCUGACAGAGCCCGUCAUGGUGUCUCCCAGCGGCACGGUCUUAAUGCUGAAGGGAGCCAUUCUCACCUUUUCAUGCCUGGAUUGCAUGGGGUCUCAUAUACGCCAACCAUAUGAAAUCUGGAGAGACCCAAACAGCUUGGAUGAUAACGAGAAAACACGGAAGAGGAAACUGGUCAUGUUCUCGCCUUCAUCUUCACAAGACAUGGGCGAUCACCAGUUUGCAGUUGUUUGCUCAGAAAAACAAGCCAAAGUGUUCUCAUUGCCCUCCCAGACCUGUCUGUAUGUUCACAACAUCACAGAGACCUCCUUCCUACUACGAGCAGACAUAGUUACCAUGUAUAACAACGUGUUGCUGGCGUGCUUCUGUGCCAAUGGGCAUAUCAUGACUAUAAGCCUCCCCAGCUUGCGCCCUCUGCUGGAUGUGAAUUACCUGCCUCUAACAGACAUGAGGAUAGCACGGACCUUCUGCUUCACGAAUGGUGGCCAAGCUUUGUACUUGACAUCUCCCACCGAGAUCCAGCGAGUGACUUACAGUCAGGAGAUGUACGACAGUCUGCAGGAAAUGCUUGGGGAUCUAUUCUCUCUGGUGGAAACUCCCGAAGCACAAAACAAGGGUUUCUUGAAAGGACUAUUUGGAGGAAGUGGACAAACAUUUGACCGAGAAGAACUGUUUGGUGAAGCGGCAGCAGGUAAAGCCUCCCGAAGCCUGGCACAGCAUAUCCCAGGACAGGGGGGGCUAGAGGGAGUGAAAGGAGCAGCAACAGGAGUAGCUGCAGAUCUGUAUCGAGCCCGCAUCGGUCUGGAUGAGAGAGGGCAGAGGCUGGGCGAAUUGGAGGAGCGGACAGCAGGGAUGAUGUCCAGUGCGGAGGCUUUCUCCAAACAUGCACACGAGCUGAUGUUAAAAUACAAGGAUAAGAAGUGGUACCAGUUUUAAAGCGUGGUGCCCGGAGGGUUUUAUGCCAAUCAGACAUAGCGCAUUGAGCGCAUGGCUCGACUCCAGCAUUCUCCAUCGAUGUGUCCACACUUCACCAUGAUGGACCACGAAAGACCAUUUCUACCGCAAAGUGGAUCAAACCAGGUAUCUAUCGUGAUAUCAAAGGACCCUCGAUCACUGAGGAGUUUGCAAAGCUUUCUUCCCACGACUCCCGGAUGCUCCAGCAGCCAAUGGGCAAAAUGCUCUACCAGAACUUCCAUAACCGGAAAUCUCAAGAGGGCAUGUCAGCUUUUUAUAAAUGUUUUCUGGAUACAGACUAUCAAUGAACUCUAAAAACUAGCUUGUUAAUCACACACAAUGACAACAUUUAAAAAAAAAAAUGUAGAAAAAUAUUUGCAUGAAAGAAAUUACAUUCAACAGAGAACAGACGCAUGUUGUGAAGAGGAUUUAUAGCAAAGAGGGAAGAGAAGAAAAGUGAUGGGUAAUGGACUUUCUAGUCUUGCGGCGGUCACAUUAGACAGGUGGUAUUUUCAUGUGUGCGCCUACUCAUUGCUGUUUAAUAUAGAGCUUUGUUCUGUCCGCUGACAGGCCCUAAGCGCAGUCUUCAUAGUGGAAAUUGUGGACUGCUAUUGCGGGACAUGCGCGGAUUAGCGAUUUUCUUAUCAGAGUUAUCAGUCUAUUGUGUGCAAAACUGUACAGAUGUAUAGAGAGUAAUUGGGAUCAUUUGGUGCAGAGAACGCUGGGUGAUGGCGUGCACAGUCGCGGUUAUUAACGCAGUCGCGGACAGUGGAUUCUGUCCCAGAUAAAUAUGAUGGCAUUGAAGAAGGCCAGUGGCGCCUACGUUUUAGGUAAGUGAAUGUGGCAUGGUGCCAAUUAUUUACAGGACGUAGGUACAACAAGCCCCAUCCUUUCAAUAGGUUAGCUCUAAGACUUAAUACAAAUUGUAUGUGUUUGGAAUUAAAGUGUAAUUUGACAUCCUGAUAAAC